AUCACAUGACUGUGUAUGUGACCAGUAAUCACAAACUCAGUGCUCAGCCUCAUAGGUUACACGCUUAAAAUUCCCCACGGCGAUGGGUGGAGGAUGGCUCGUAGGCGGGUGGAUCUUAAUGGUGGUCAUGGUCAAACAGUGUCAGAGUGAUUACACGUCAAAUCUGAAACUUGUUAAUCUGGUGUAUCGACAUGGCGACCGGUCCCCGAUUGAUGUGUACAAAGGAGACCCGAAUGGUAAAGACAAUUGGCCUGAUGGAAUGGGAUGGCUCUCCAAGAUUGGGAUGAACCAGCACUAUAGACUUGGUCAGUGGUUAAGGGACAGAUACAAUGGCUUCCUGAGCAGUGAUUACAUUCAUACAGAGAUAGUUGUGACAAGCUCUGACGAGGACAGGUGUCUGAUGAGUGCUGCGAGUAACCUGGCCGGACUGUACCCCCCGACUGGUGACCAGGUGUGGAAUUCUAACAUCACCUGGCAGCCCAUCCCCAUUCACACAAAACCUAAGUAUGAGGAUAACCGUAUCAACAUGGGAGAAACUUGUCCAUCUUACACCGAGCAGUAUGACAAAGACAUGAGGUCGCCUUCUAUUGCUGCUAUUGACAAGGCCAACAAGGAAUUUUACCAGUUUCUGUCCAACAAGACCGGAUGGGGACCGCUGAACAUCACAAGCAUAUGGAAAAUUUCAGACCUGUUCGUCUGCGAGAAAGCCCAUGGGAUGAAUUGGACAACUUGGGCCAAUGAAACCUGGAAGAAUGAGAAGAUUACAGUGUAUGAAAAGCUGCGUUAUCUGGACGACAUUGCAUUUAGAUUACUUUUUAGUGGACCGAAGAGCAGAUUAAAGGGAGGUCCUCUACUUAAAGAAAUUAUUGAGAAUAUGUGGCAUCGUUUGAAAGGAGAGACACAGCCAAAGUUGUAUAUGCAUUCAGGGCAUGAUACCACAGUAGCAGCCCUGCUAACAGCCCUGGGACUCUAUGAUCACGGCAAAAGUCCACCCUAUGCUGCAAUGGUAGCUGUGGAACUGAGGGAAAAUACAACAGCUCAGCCUCAUAACUACUUUGUCAAUGUCUGGUACAAAAACACUACAGAAACAGAUACAGCCUACAAACUGACUAUACCAGGCUGCACUACUGACUGUCCAUACGACACAUUUCUCAAUUUGACCAAAGACAAAAUCCCGACAGACUGGAAUAAGGAAUGUGGAUUGGCAGAUAAUUCUGGAAAAGCAAAGAAAAACAUCCUUAACAUGCCGACCAUUGUGUCCAUCGUCCUUGGCAGCCUCCUCCUCGUCUCCCUCAUUGCCUUGGUGGUCACAUGUGUACGGGCGCGGAAAGGAAACGGAGGAUUCCGAAAGUUUGAAGAUUUCAACACCUGAUUCUCUGUAACAUUAUUGUUAGUCUUACAACAUCAAAGGAUUCUGUCUGAAACUUUACUAUAAUCAUGCUGUUUAUUGUUAAUCCAUUGCCUUUAUUUUAGUUGCAUGGCAAUACAUUCUAGGGCAAAUAUUGAUGCUUUAACUCAUCAAUUUUUUUACAAUGAAAAACAUGUUAUUUAAAUGAGUAAAUUGUUUGUUAUGUAAGAACAAAGUGGCACUUAUUCUUUUUCAAUAUGCGAUAUAUGUUUUCUUUUAAAAGUGUUACCAAUAUAUAUAUAUAUAUUUUUGACUUAACUAUGAUACGAUACUGUAAAAAAGAGAAAAAUGCUGUGUGGAAAUGCUCAUGUUUUUCCUGACGAGUAAAAAGUUUGGGGCAAAAAUUUAAAGUUGAACCUUGUUAUAUUGCCACCAUUUUAUCUAGAGUAAUUUUGGCAUUAUAGAUGGCUUUGGCAAUAAAUUGAGGGGAUUGUAUAAAGAAAUUCUUAAGAAAACAAGAAAAUGGGGCAUUGGCAGCAUACAAUGUGGCAAUAAAAUGAGUGGCAUUAUACAGAGGUGUUACUCUGCACACAUGAAUAUAUAUAUAUACACGUGGUAGAUCAUAUAGAAUCAUUUCCACAUGUAAGAAAUUCCACUUUCACCGUACAAUGGGAAUUUCUUGCCGUAGUUUAACUUUUGCCAUUUUUGUCUUCCAUACUGCGGAAAAAUGUGUUGUGAUAGCAAACAUUACUAUAAAGCAUAUGAUUUGUAGUAAAGUAAUUGUACAAUGUAUAUAUGCUCGGGCAAAAAGAACAUGGGAAAAUAUGUAUUGUACAAGUGAAGGGCCAAUUUUUUUAUCGAACAACAUUUUUGUUCUAAGCAGUAUAUAUUUUUCUAAAUAUAGAACUUCAAUUUUUGUAAGAAAAAAUGAAGUUUAAGUCAAAGCAAUCCUAUG